AUGUUUAAAAAAUUUUCGAAGGAAGACAUACACACACGUACUAAGGUGAAAACUUCCGUGCAGAGGUCGUUGAAGUCUAAACUCGUGGAACAAUUCCCAAAGCUCGAGGAAGUUAUCGAUGAAUUGCUCCCCAAGAAGACCGAAUUGCAGAUCAUCAAAUGUUCGGACAAGAUACAGCUAUAUGCUGUUGGAGAUGAGGUACUGUUCUUCCAAAAGUUUGAGGAAUUAAUCCCUACGUUGCGGUUUGUCCAUAAGUAUCCGGAGGCGUUCCCAACUAUCCAGAUUGACAGAGGAGCGAUCAAGUUUGUUCUUUCUGGGGCCAACAUCAUGUGUCCAGGCCUGACCUCCUCUGGUGCUGCUCUUCCAGAGGCCCCAGGCCUUGCGCAGGAUAGUAUAGUUGUUGUCAAUGCCGAAAACAAAGAAAACGCACUCGCAAUUGGGAAACUCUUAAUGAGCACUGAGGACAUUAAAUCGAUCAACAAAGGCCAUGGCGUUGAGACUAUUCACCACUUGGGUGAUUGUUUGUGGAACUUUAGCUUAGUCUAA